AUGGCCAGGCUGAUGAUCGCUGUGUCUGUGUACUCCACAGUGUCGUCCACCAAACUGGUCUGCUACUUCACCAACUGGGCCCAAUACAGACCUGGAACGGGGCGGUUCCUGCCCGCCAACGUGGACCCAAACCUCUGCACCCACCUGAUCUACGCCUUCUCCGUCAUCAACCACAACAACGAGCUGGCCACCUACGAGUGGAACGACGAGACCCUCUACAGCUCAUUCAACGGCCUGAAGGCCAGGAAUCCGGCUUUGAAGACUCUGCUUGCUGUUGGAGGUUGGAACUUUGGCACAACCCAGUUUUCCAUCACGGUGUCCACUGCAGUUAACCGACAGAAGUUCAUCCAGUCGUCCAUCAGCUUCUUGCGCACGCAUGGAUUUGAUGGUUUGGACCUGGACUGGGAGUACCCCGGCGCUCGAGGGAGCCCCCCGCAGGACAAACAGAGAUUCACAACCCUCUGCCAGGAGCUGCUGGAGGCGUUUGAGCAGGAGGCCGUGACCACCAAGCGGCCCAGAUUGCUGCUCACCGCAGCCGUGGCGGCAGGCAAGGGACACAUCGACAACGGCUAUGAAAUCGCCAAAGUUUCAACGUACCUGGACUUCAUCAACGUGAUGACGUAUGACUUCCACGGGGCCUGGGACACAUCCACCGGCCACAACAGCCCACUCUACGGCAGCGCCACCGAUAUGGGAGACAACGUCUACUACAACACGGACUUUGCCAUGAGGUACUGGAGGGACGGUGGCGCUCCCGCAGAGAAGCUGCUGUUGGGCGUCGCCACGUAUGGCCGCACCUUCCGCAUCGUAUCCGCCAGCAACGGAGUCGGAGCGCCCGCCAGCGGCCCGGCCUCCGCAGGAACCUACACCCGCGAGGGCGGCUUCUGGGCCUACUACGAGAUCUGCAGCUUCCUCAAGGGGACGAGCACCCAGUGGAUUGGAGAUCAGAAGGUGCCCUACGCAGUCAAAGGGAACGAGUGGGUGGGCUUCGACAACCACGAGAGCAUCACAACAAAGGCUCAGUACCUGAAGGCCAACGGAUACGGAGGCGCGUUCGCCUGGGCGCUGGAUCUGGACGACUUUGCGGGGCAGUUCUGCGGUCAGGGCGACUACCCCCUCCUCAACCACCUGCACUCUCAGCUCCUCUCAGGCUUGCCUCCUCUCCCUCCAACCACCUUCCCUGAGGAGCCUACAACAACCACAGCCAGGCCUGAUGCUACAACAACCACCACCACCACCACCACCCCCACCACAACCCCCACCACCCAUGCCCCAGGAAGUGGCUUCUGCUCGGGGAAGGCUGACGGCCUGUACCCCCUCAGUGCAAACCCCAAUCAGUUCUACCAGUGCUCCAUGGGUCAUACAUUUGUCCUGCGAUGUCCGGCGGGCCUUGUUUACCAAGACAGAUGCAAAUGUUGUGACUGGUCAUAAGGCGUGAAUCUGCCAUCAUCCUCUGCCCAUACCAUUAACAUUGUCCUCUAUGAGUCCAUACCAUUAACAUUGUCCUCUAUGAGCCCAUACCAUUAACAUUGUGCUCUAUGAGUCCAUACCAUUAACAUUGUCCUCUAUGAGUCCAUACCAUUAACAUUGUGCUCUAUGAGUCCAUACCAUUAACAUUGUCCUCUAUGAGCCCAUACCAUUAACAUUGUGCUCUAUGAGU